GGCAGGACGCCGCCAGCCCCCUGGCUCGUGGCCCUGUGCUCCCCACCUUCUCCAGGCUGGGACCCGGGAGGUCGGGGGUCAGCCAUGGGCUCGGAGAUGGACCCGCUGCUCCUGGCCUGGAGCUAUUUCAGGCGCAGGAAAUUCCAGCGCUGCGCGGAUCUGUGCACGCAGAUGCUGGAGAAGUCCCCUUAUGACCAGGCAGCCUGGAUUUUAAAAGCACGGGCACUUACUGAAAUGGUGUAUGUGGAUGAAAUUGAUGUAGAUCAGGAAGGAAUUGCAGAAAGGAUGCUGGAUGAAAAUGCUAUAGCUCAAGUACCACGCCCUGGAACCUCCUUGAAACUUCCUGGCACUAAUCCGACAGGAGGGCCUAGUCCAGCUAUCAGGCCAAUCACUCAAGCUGGAAGGCCUAUUACAGGUUUCCUGCGGCCCAGUACACAAAGUGGAAGGCCAGGCACUAUGGAACAGGCCAUCAGGACACCCAGAACCACCUACACAGCUCGUCCUGUUGUUAGCUCAUCCGGAAGAUUUGUCAGACUGGGAACAGCUUCCAUGCUUACAAGUGCUGAUGGACCUUUUAUAAAUUUAUCUAGAUUGAAUUUAACAAAAUAUGCCCAGAAACCUAAAUUGGCAAAGGCUUUAUUUGAAUAUAUCUUUCACCAUGAAAAUGAUAUUAAGACAGCUUUGGAUUUGGCGGCCCUUUCCACAGAGCAUUCUCAGUACAAGGACUGGUGGUGGAAAGUACAGAUUGGAAAGUGCUACUACAGGCUGGGAAUGUAUCGGGAAGCAGAGAAACAGUUCAGAUCAGCCCUGAAGCAGCAGGAAAUGGUAGAUACAUUUCUCUAUUUGGCUAAAGUAUACAAUUCAUUGGAUCAACCAAUGACUGCUUUAAAUCUUUUCAAACAAGGCUUAGAAAGAUUUCCAGGAGAAGUAACACUACUUUGUGGAAUAGCCAGAAUCUAUGAGGAAAUGAACAACAUUUCAUCGGCAGCUGAGUACUACAAAGAAGUUUUGAAACAGGACAGUACUCACGUGGAGGCCAUUGCGUGCAUUGGAAGCAACCACUUCUAUUCAGACCAACCAGAAAUAGCUCUUCGUUUUUACAGGCGACUCCUGCAGAUGGGUGUUUACAACUGCCAGCUUUUCAACAAUCUGGGGCUCUGUUGCUUUUAUGCCCAGCAGUAUGAUAUGACUCUGACCUCAUUUGAACGUGCCCUUUCCCUGGCUGAGAAUGAAGAGGAAGCAGCUGAUGUCUGGUACAACUUAGGCCAUAUAGCUGUGGGUGUGGGAGAUACGAAUUUGGCCUAUCAGUGCUUCCGGCUGGCUCUGGUGAACAAUAACAACCAUGCAGAGGCCUACAACAAUCUGGCAGUGCUGGAGAUGCGGAAGGGCCAUGUUGAACAGGCAAGGGCACUUUUACAAACAGCAUCAACUUUAGCACCCCAUAUGUAUGAGCCUCACUUUAAUUUUGCAACAAUCUCUGAUAAGAUUGGUGAUCUACAGAGAAGCUUUGUAGCUGCUCAAAAGUCUGAAGCUGCAUUUCCAGAUCAUGUGGAUACACAACUUUUAAUUAAGCAGUUAAAGCAGCAUUUUGCCAUGCUUUGAUUGUUUCUUAGACCAAAUGUAUUUUUAUAAAGCAGAAUUAUGCAAGGGGGAAAGUGAAAUGUGUGCAUAUUCAUAUGUGGGGAUGCAAUAGAAACCCAUACUUGUUUAAGAAUAUAUAACGAGGGAGUUGGAGUGAUAAUAUACUGGGUAGGGCUCUUGCCUUGCUUGUGGCUGACCUGGGUUCAAUACCCAGCAUCUCAUAUCAUCUCCCAAGCCUGCCAGGAAUUACAGUUCUUGAGUGUAGAUAGGAAUAACUCCUGAGCAUCACUGGCUCUGGCCCAAAAGAAAAAGAAUACAUUAUAUAAUGAAAACUUUAUAAUAAAAGAUAGGAAUUUUUAAGUGUACACAAUUUGUAAGUUUUGUCAUAUAAUUUGGUAAAAUCUAUUUAUAAUGUUUACAAAACAUUUUCAUGAAUUUUUCUUAAUGUUAUAUAAAUGCAUAUUUCACUGUUAAAAGCUCUCCAUUAGCUCUCAUGUAGCUUAAAAGGGAGGUCAUUGCAAUUAUGCCUUUAUGGGUAAACUAUGUAUAUUUUUCCUAAGUAGAAACUUUAUUUAUAGGUUAAAAAUAUAUUGAAAAGGGGCUGGAGAGAAAGCAUGGAGU